AACCAUGUUGUGUAUCCUACUUUGUCGUGUUUUCAUAAACCCCGACAGGAUGGACAGAUCUCAGCAGACGAGCUGCAACGCUGCCUCACGCAAUCUGGCAUCUCUGGCUCAUACCAACCCUUUAGCCUUGAGACAUGCAGACUGAUGAUCAAUAUGUUGGAUAGGGACCUGUCCUGCACUAUGGGCUUUAAUGAGUUCAAGGACCUGUGGCAGGCUCUGAAUGGCUGGAGGUCGACCUUUGCAUCCUUUGACCGGGACCGGAGUGGGACAAUAGAGGGCCAUGAGUUGCAGCAGGCCAUCAAUUCCAUGGGUUAUAAUCUGAGCCCUCAGGCUAUGAACUGCAUCAUGAAGCGCUACAGUCUGAACGGCAGAAUCCCCUUUGAUGAGUUUGUGAGCUGCGCUGUGAGGCUCCGCGCCCUCACCGAUCAUUUUCGAAGGAGGGACACAACCCAAACUGGCAACGCCUCAUUUCAGUAUGACGAUGUAAGUUUUCACAGCUGAGGUGUUUAAUGCCGGGUUUUCUUGUGUCAAAAUAAACACAGAGUUUAUAAUUUUGUCACCAAAUGCUGGAAGGUAUUUAAUUUGAAA